AUGUGUCCUGGCCUAUCUGAAGAUCUCCAACAGGUUGAUGACUCCAGGAAAACGGCCAUUAUCAACCGAGAGCUGAGAAGGCUUAACAUUGACAUUGCUGCUUUACAGGAAACCAGACUCCCAUCAAACGUGGAACCGCCUCAAAAGGGUACACCCAGAAUCCUGUCUCUUCGCCUCUCCACCUCCUCUGGGCAUGUCAACAUUCUGAGCAUCUAUGCUCCCACACUCAGCUCCACAGUGGAGACAAAGGAUACAUUCUAUGAGGCGCUUGAGACUACCAUCAGAGAGAUCCCAUCCACAGAACAAGUAUAUUUGCUUGGGGAUUUUAAUGCAAGAGUGGGAACUGACCAAGAAGCUUGGCCUCGCAACAUCGGCCACUUUGGUGUUGGGAAACUAAAUGACAACGGUCAGCGACUUCUUGAAAGACGCUCACUGAACUGUGUCCUGACAACCCGCAGCUACCACAGUGCGGACUGCGAUACCGACCACUCACUCGUUGGCAGUAAGGUGCGUCUCCAGCCAAAAAGGAUUCAUCGCUCCAAACAGAAAGGACGUCCACGAAUUAACACAGCAAGGACAGCAAUGCCAGAUGUUUGCGCACGCUUUGUUGACUCUAUUGAAGAGGCCCUUCGUAACUGCCCCACCAGCAGUGCUGAUGAGAGGUGGAACUAUAUUCGUGACGCCAUUUACACUUCAGCGAUGGACACUUUUGGCAAAAGAGUGAGACAAAAUCCAGACUGGUUUGAAGCAGGAAUUACAGAACUCGAACCAGCAAUCACAGCCAAAAGAAACGCCCUGCUCAACUACAAACGUGGUCCUUCAGAGAAGACACUUGCCGAACUCAGAAAGGCCAGAAAUGACGCCCAACGGAUAGCUCGACGCAGCGCAAACGACUACUGGCUGAAUCUCUGUAAAGGUAUCCAGCACUCUGCUGACUGUGGCAACAUUCGAGCCAUGUACGAAGGCAUGAAGAAAGUUUUUGGUCCGAGCAUCAUCAAGACAGCGCCGCUGAAAACAGUCUCUGGUGACAUUAUCACUGACAGAGGAAAGCAGAUGGAGAGAUGGGCCGAACACUAUCAAGAGCUCUACUCAAGAGAAAAUGUCGUCAGUGUCACAGCUGUUGAAAAUACCAAUGCCCUACCAGCUAUGAAGGAACUUGAUGCUCCACCUUCAAUAGAUGAGCUCAGUAAGGCCAUAAACUCCCUAGCCAGUGGGAAAGCCCCAGGUAGCGAUGGUAUUCCCCCAGAGGUCAUCAAAGCGGGCAAGAGUUCCACUCUGUUACAUCACCUGCACAAGCUGUUACUCCAGUGCUGGGAAGAAGGAACAAUUCCACAAGACAUGCGCAAUGCUAGCAUCAUAACGCUCUACAAGAACAAAGGAGACCGCAGCGAUUGCAACAACUAUCGUGGAAUAUCCCUACUCAGCAUUGUUGGGAAGGCAUUCGCCCGAGUAGUGCUAAAUCGAUUGCAGAAACUAGCAGAACGAGUCUACCCAGAGGCGCAGUGCGGUUUCAGAGCAGAAAGGUCAACCAUCGACAUGGUUUUCUCAUUACGCCAAUUACAAGAAAAGUGUCGAGAACAGAGACUCCCAUUGUACAUUGCCUUUAUUGACCUAACCAAGGCAUUUGACCUGGUCAGUAGGCAAGGUCUCUUUACCCUGCUACAUAGGAUUGGGUGCCCUCCAAAGCUCCUGAGGAUAAUCUCGUCUUUUCAUGAAGACAUGCAAGGCACUGUCCAGUAUGAUGGUUCAUCCUCAGAUCCCUUCCCCAUCAAAAGCGGCGUAAAACAAGGAUGCGUACUAGCCCCAACGCUUUUUGGCAUAUUCUUUUCCCUGCUGCUGUCAUACGCAUUUGAUCAGUCAGAAGACGGCGUAUAUCUUCACACCAGAAGUGACGGAAGCCUCUUCAACCUUGCGCGUCUCCGAGCAAAAACCAAAGUACGCAAGGUCCUGAUCAGAGAGAUGCUAUUUGCUGAUGAUGCCGCCUUGACUGCACACACAGAGCAGGCACUACAACGACUCAUCGACCGCUUUUCCAAUGCAUGCGAUGAGUUUGCUCUCACCAUCAGCAUCAAAAAGACCAACAUUAUGGGCCAGGACGUCUGCUGCACUCCCAAAAUCUCCAUCGACGAACAUAUCCUUGAAGUUGUGGAUUCAUUCAUCUACCUUGGUUCCACCAUAUCAAGUAACUUGUCCUUAGAUACAGAGCUAAAUAAGCGCAUUGGGAAAGCAGCAUCAGUAAUGGCUCGGCUGGGAAAACGAGUAGGGGACAACGCCAUGUUGACGAAAAACACCAGGAUAGUGGUAUACAAGGCGUGCGUACUCAGCACACUCCUGUACGGCAGCGAAGCCUGGACCCUAUACUCUCGCCAAGAGCGUCGACUCAACACCUUCCACAUGCGUUGCCUCCGAAGAAUUUUAGGCAUCAGCUGGAAGGAUCAUGUCACCAACAAGGACGUAUUGAGACAGUCAGGGUUACCCAGUUUGUUUGCCUUGCUAAGCCAGAGGCGAUUGAGAUGGCUUGGCCACGUAAGCCGCAUGGACAAUGGCCGUAUACCAAAGGACGUGCUGUAUGGAGAGCUGGAUCAAGACCUACAGGAAGGCCUGUUCUUCGCUACAAGGAUGUCCUAA